AUGAACGAUGAGGCCGAGUCGUCCCGAGCUGCACUGCGCCAUGAUGACAGCUCUCCUGACCACCUCGAAAGCGUAGUGGACAUCAACCUGGAAGAAGUUGCACGUGAGCGCGCGAAAGAUGCAAAGGAACGGCGGCUAGAUGUCAAAAGGAAACGCAUCCGGAUGCUGGGCGAUCUUCUGCGCGAGCUAGAUCUCGUGGUAUACAUGGAGCUGCUCGCCCUCUACCACCUCGACUGCUCGUUUUUCUGGUUUGCACUGCGAGCACUAGCUCAUGGUAGUCUACUCACGCCAGUCUCGGACCCAACAAUGCAACGACCGCCUGACGAACCUCGACCGUUCCUACCCGUAGUGGCAGGACUAUUCGCUAUGAACUUCCUGCUGCAUAUUCUAUAUCCUGCGCCAUCAGCUGGUGAGGACACCAGAGGCUAUCUGCACGGCGGCUUGAUGAUAGACUUCAUCGGGCAGCAAGGGCCAACCAGCAAGUGGAAGCUCGCAGGAUUGGAUAUGUGCAUCUUGGUCUUGCAACUGAUCAUGGUAUCGGCGCACGUCAAGCGCCGCGAUCUGAAGAAACAGUUGGCACAGAUAACCGCAGGUGAGGCACCGUCAGGCAGCGCCGCAGACACAGCCACGUCAGACGCUGCGGGCGACAACACAAUACCGGCGACCUCAAAUCAGAACGCGGCCCGAGGGCAGGAUGCCGACGAUGAAGAGCGCGGUGUCUUACGCCGGACCGAUACCAUGUCAGACAUAGGAGCCGAUGCCGAAGAGGAGGAUUCACUACUGCCGUCUGCGUCCGAGUCAGGUCACGUCGAUGCGCUUGGCAUUCUAACCUCGGGACAGUGCGUCAUUUUGUCUACUGGGGUUGUCGAUACGAUAUGGCGCGAGAACGAGAAUUAUCGGGCGUUCCGCCGGACGCGCACAGAAAGCAGUCUUAGCGGUGACAUGCCAGAGACACUGCGCCGUCUCAACACGCUGCGCGCUCGCUUUGGUGUCGGUGGAGGGUGA